AUGCGCCUCAAGGGCGCAUUGGUAGGUGAUUCCGAGGAUGACAACGUCAAGGCCAAGGUGAAGGUUGCAGUCGACGAGUUUCUGUUAGGCUAUGACUACGAACUGAAACGCGGCUUGGGCUUGAUAAGGGCACUCAAACAGUUUGCUACGGGCGAAGACGAGGAACUGGCCCGGAUGGCGAACAAGGCGCUGCAUGGCGACGAAACGGUGGCCGCCGCCUCGAAGAAGGCCGCCGCCGCCGAGAAGAAGAAGGCCGCCGUCGUCGCGCCGGACCCGGCGCGCGCGCCGACGGAGACGACCUCCAAGUUCUGGGGCGUGAAUUGGGAUCGGAGAGACAAGAAGUGGCGGGCGCAGUAUCAAGACGCGGACGGCAAGCGGCACACGAUCGGCUACUUCGACGACGAGGAGGAGGCAGCGCGCGCGUACAAUAAAGCGAUCAACGAAGCGGGCCUCGAAGGGCGACGCAAGACGAACGCGGUCGAUGCGACGGGAGCGCUGGUGCCCCGCGAGCACACGAUAAGGCGCGACCGCGCCUCCCGCCGUCGGCGACGACGUCCAAGUUCUGGGGCGUGAGUUGGCACAAGCAGAACCGACGGUGGCUUGCGCAAUACACCGACGCGAACGGCAAGCGGCGCUGCAUCGGCUACUUCGACACCCAGGAGGCAGCCGCGCACGCCGUCAACGCGGCGAUCCGCCGCUCGGGCCUCGAAGGCCGCCGCCACACGAACCCGGUCGUCGACGGGCAGCUGGUGCCGCCCGAGAAGUACAAUGCACCCGGCCAAGGGCGCAAGAAGCACCGCCGCGACGAGCCCUCCGCCGCCGCGCCGUCGCCGCGCGCCCGCCGCGCGCGCCGCGCCAUCGACUACGCUGCCAUGGAGGACCCGGACUUCGAGGCCUGA